AUUGAUAUAAAUGUGGGAUGAAAGUCAAUGAUACCAGACUGAUAAUUUGUUAUACUCAAAGAUUUUUAUAUUGAUUUUGCUCUGUAUUUUGCAUUUCAAGAAAAUUUACAAUUUUGUGUUUUAAUUUAAAGCUACAGAUAAAGCAUGGGGCCAAGGGAAACUGAUGAUCAGCUAACAAUUGUGAAUCGAUCAGUGACACAUAAAAUUAGUAAAAAGCUUAUUAUCAGUAAAGUGCCUCAUUUUAAAAGAUCGCUUAAUCAUGAUUCAUUGGAAUCAAAGGAAAACAUGGUUAGACUGGAUUUUGAUGAGCAGGCUUUCGAAUUGUUUCUAACUUGGGUUCAAUAUGAUCUUAUGUUGAUCGAAAUGAAAAACUUGAUAAACCUAUGCACCAUAAUGGAUUACUUUGGAAUUGAAUAUUGGGUGGAUCAGUGUGCUGCCUAUUUCCAAGAAAGAUUUUCAAUGUCACACCUUCCAGUUGUUAUUCCACAAGUGACUCCAGUAUCUAAAUGUAUCAACUCUGCUGUUCUCAACGCUUUCAUCUGUCGACACUUCUCGAAGAUAGCAAGCUCAACUUUUUGGUUGAAUUUUCCUAUUGAAACCAUUGAAUAUAUUUGCAAUGUGGAUUCAAUGAUUCAUUCAGAGAUGCAAGUUUUUAAUGCCAUCGUGAAAUGGGUCAAUUUCGACACUGAUUCCAGAAAGAACUACCUUGAAAGAUUAUUCAAGUUGGUCAGAUGGUGCAAUUUGGACGACAAAGAUUUGUCUAAAAUAAAGGAAAAUGAUUUUUUCAAGAUUUUAAACAUUGAAUCGAUAUUUUGCACACCUGAUAAAUGCAUUGGUGAUUGUGAAUUCGAUCGAACCAAACAACAUUACUUCCUCCUGGUUGAGGAAUUGCAUGAAAAAGAUUUGCAAAUCAGAGUACUUGACCAAAGUUUUAAGCCAUUGAUUAUUCAAGUCUUCAAAUUAGACAUAUCAAUGCGUUUGGACCUGUUAAGCAAUGAGUAUUUUUCUCAUGUAUAUAAUAUUGAUUUAGAAAGCAAAAUGAUGAUCAUUGAUUGGAAUCAAAAUAGGUAUCGCUUGUUUGGUUUACGCGAUGUUGGACCUUAUGUAAAUAAAAUCAUGAAAUUCAUUACAAACAAUGUUCGUGGAAAAAACGAGCCAUAUGUUAUUAGUGACUAUGGGUCUUAUGCCGGAAAUUCAAUUCUCGAAUUGGAUGAACAAAUUGUUGGGAUUGGAGGAAUUAGGGAUAAUUGCGUGGGAAAUCGUUUGAUGUGUAAAGAAGCACCGAUUUCGGAAACCAUGAGCACAAACACAAAAAAUUAUCUGGUAACAGCUUUGGAAAAUAAGAUUUACAUUUUGAAAAAUGGACCGCUAAUCCAGUUCAAUGUUGCUAAUCAUGAGACGAAAGAAUUUUCAUGCAGUUAUAAGGGGAUAUCUGUUUUAAUUCCCAUGCCAUCUCAUGAUAAAGUUAUAUUGUUCAAUAGCAGAGCAAGAUUUUGCGAUUGUUUCGAUGUCAAAAAUGAAACAUGGAUGACAAUCGGUCUUCUGGCCGAUGGCAUUAACUAUACUGACGAUCAUAAAAAAUCGAAUGAUCGAAUGAUAACUUUUGCCUCAACCUUUUUACAAAGAGACAUUAUUAGACAUUUCAACAACCCUGAACUAAUGGCGUAACGACUAUGCACAGAUAUGUGUGUAUACGAAAAUACUCACACUGGGACCAAAGCACGAAACCAUUUCAAUAAGAUUUCGUAUUCAUAAUUUCCCUGACAUGCGGAAUUAUGAGAAAAGAGAAAGGAGGGAAAAUUCGGAAGGAUCCGUAUUAUUAAUUGGUGGAAUUGUAUGUAUUCAGUUACUUAUAGGUAAUUAUUCAGUCAAAUUCAAACAAACUCUCUUGUUUGUCAAUUUCGCUUGAAUUAGUUUCUAUUUCUAUUGCAUUCAUAUUAAUUAAUUCAUGUUCUUCUAAAGGAUAUCUAAUUUUGAGAAGUAAACUGUAAAGAACUGAUCGGCCAACUUUGUAUUUUAAUAAUAAACUUGAUGGAUUGAAAGUCAGA